AUGUUUGAAUAUGCUGCUAAAAGGUUUCCCCAAAGACACUGUCUGGGAACAAGGGAAGUACUGAGUGAGGAGGAUGAGGUGCAACCCAAUGGCAAGGUUUUCAAAAAGGUCAUUUUAGGUAACUACAAUUGGCUGAGCUAUGACGAAGCUUACCACGCAGCGCUGAGUUUUGGCAGUGGCCUGGCAGCUCUCGGGCAGAGGCCUCAGUGCAACAUUGCUAUCUUCUGUGAGACUAGAGCGGAGUGGCUUCUCACUGCUCAAGCUUGUUUCAUGUACAAUUUUCCUUUGGUGACUCUGUAUUCUACGCUUGGACCGACCGCUAUUGCACAUGGGUUGAACGAAACUGAGGUCACCCAUAUCAUCACAAGCAAAGACCUACUGCAGAGUCGUCUUAAGGCGAUACUGUGUGAAGUGCCGAGGCUGCAGUACAUUAUUGUAGUUGACAGCAAGCCCACGAGCUGGCCCGAUCUCCCCAGAGGCAUAAUGGUGAAGAACAUGGACACCGUCAGGGACCUGGGAUCUAGGCCUGACAACUUUUCAGUUGACCGCAGAAUGCCAGUGCCCUCAGACAUCGCAGUCAUCAUGUACACCAGCGGAUCAACAGGCAUCCCCAAGGGUGUCAUGAUCUCCCAUGGCAACAUCAUCGCCUGCAUCACCGGCAUGGCUGAGCGGGUGCCUAACCUCAAUGAAACGGACACAUACAUUGGCUACCUGCCGUUAGCCCACGUGUUGGAGCUCAGUGCUGAAUUAGUCUGCAUCUCCCAUGGCUGUCGCAUUGGCUAUUCUUCACCCCAGACUCUGGCUGACCAGUCUACUAAGAUAAAGAAGGGUAGUAAAGGAGACACGGGUGUGCUCAAACCUACACUGAUGGCUGCCGUGCCGGAAAUUAUGGAUCGGAUUUACAAGAAUGUCAUGACCAAAGUGGAAGAGAUGAGCAAGUUCCAGAAGACACUUUUCGUUCUGGCAUACAACUAUAAAAUGGAACAGCUUUCAAAGGGCUACAGCACACCUCUUUGUGACAAACUGGUUUUUAAGCGUGUUCGUGCAUUGCUGGGGGGACACACACGUCUCUUGCUUUCUGGAGGAGCUCCUCUCUCUGCAGCUACACAGCGUUUCAUGAACAUCUGUCUCUGCUGCCCCGUGGGCCAGGGUUAUGGCCUAACUGAGACCUGUGGUGCUGGCACCAUCAGCGAGGCUUGGGACUACAGCACAGGUCGUGUUGGUGCACCACUUGUCUGUUCUGAGAUCCAACUAAAAGACUGGCAAGAAGGAGGCUACUACAGCACAGACAAGCCAAACCCACGAGGGGAAAUUUUAAUUGGUGGCCCCAAUGUUACAAUGGGUUAUUAUAAAAAUGCCAGCAAGAACCAAGAUGACUUCUAUGUGGAUGAGAAAGGUCAGCGAUGGUUCUGCACUGGAGACAUUGGAGAGUUUCAUUCUGAUGGAUGCCUCAAAAUUAUUGAUCGCAAGAAAGACCUGGUGAAACUACAGGCUGGUGAAUAUGUGUCUCUUGGGAAAGUAGAAGCUGUUCUAAAGAACUGUUCUCUCAUCGACAAUAUCUGUGCAUAUGCAAACAGUGAGGAGUCCUAUGUGAUCAGCUUUGUGGUGCCUAAUCAGAAGCAGCUAAUGACACUGGCAGAGCAGAAACAAGUGAAGGGCACAUGGGAAGAGCUGUGCAACAAUGUCCAGAUGGAAAAAGAGGUCCUCCGUGUCAUCACGGACGCAGCCAUCUCUGGAAAACUCGAGCGGUUCGAGAUCCCCAAGAAGAUCCGUCUGAGCUCUGAGCCUUGGACACCAGAGACUGGAUUAGUUACUGAUGCAUUCAAACUCAAACGCAAGGAGCUCAAAUCGCACUACCAAGAAGACAUAGAGAGAAUGUAUGGUGCCGCCUCUUAUAACGAGGGGAGCUGUCCAAGUGCUGAAACAGAAUCGCAUACAGGAGAUGCCCUACACCUUCGCUACGGUCUGAGCUCCAUUGCCAAAGGUAGUCAAACGCCUAUAAUGCUGCAUUUCCACCACAAGUUGCCCACGAGGGGAGCGGCGCUCCUCACUGCCCUGCUGUGCGUGAGCGCGGCGCAGGCUGCGUCUCUCCCCCGCCACUACAGGCUGAGAGGGGGGGACGUUGAUGUUCAGCCAUCCCCGGAUAUGAUGAAGGCCCUGGAGUACAUCGAAAACCUCAAACAGCGGAACGAAGGCCGUGGUGAGCCCGCGGAUUAUGAUGAGGUGGAGAAGUUUCGCGUCCUGCUUCAGCUCGCCACACAGCAGCAGCAGGAUGAAGCCGCGCCAGGGACGCUUCAGAGGCAGGACAUCACCGCGGAGCAGCUCAUGAAAACCCUGCUCCGCUCUCUCCAGGGAGAACCAAGAAGUAGCCCAGCAACGUCCAGGAACAAUCGACGUGCAUACAGACACCGCACUAAAGAGACGGGGACAUCCCAGAGUGCGCCUGCAGACUACACCAACACACCCCGGGCACAUAAGAAAUACCCCCUGAUGUUUGAGGAUGAGGAGAAUACAGAUGCGUCCAAACGGGCCACAGAGGACCUGGACGAGCAGUACACACCCCAAAGCCUUGCCAACCUGCGUUCCAUCUUUGAUGAACUGGGCCGCAUGCCCAUGCUGCAGAAGAGGACUGUGCAGGAAGACGAAGACCAAGAUGAAGAGGUCUUGAGCUUGAGGAGCCAAGCAUAUGAGGAUGUAGCAGGAGGGGAGGAAUGGGUCCCAAUGGAGGAAAGGGAAGAGACUGAGGAGCUUGUCAACAAUAGUCGUGAAGAGAUGGACCGAGCUGUAGACCCAGAGAGUGAAGAGGAAGUGGAAGAGGUUCAGCGCAGGGCCGACCAGGAGGAGGCUCAUGAUGACACAAAACUAGUGGACUACUACCUUCUAAAAGUAUUAGAGAUGAGCGACCAAUCACAGAAAAAAAGAGAUUUGGAAGGAGAGCAAAAAAAGAGAUUGAUCCGUCCCUCAAUUGUGGAUCCACGCACAGUCAAAGAGCUACUAGAGCUUUCUCUAAAGCUCCAUGUCCCACCACAGGACCUUAUUGACAUGCUGCUCACCGAAGAGCUCCGGAAGCUGCACCGUGAUCCCCAAGGCUCCACCCGCUUCUCUACUACCACUGGGCAAACUCCCAAAAUUAGGUACUUCACCCGUAGGCUGCCCGUUAAAAACAAAGUGCAGCCAGAGGACAUGGAUCGAGAAGACUUCCUGGACAUUAUCGGGGUGGAGACCAUCAGUAACGAGUAUCCAGUAAUUCAGCGUCCCAUGAAAACCCCCUCACCUCCAGACAGGAUCUCUUCACUUCCAGCUUUGAGCUCAGGGCCUGUAAGAAUCCCUCCCCCAUCUGGCCGCAGAGAGAAUCUCUUUCUCUCUGAGCUCAACAAAAUGCCACUCAAGCGUCAAAGCGAUACAGACGAUGAAGAUGAUGUUGAAGAUGAAGUAACCACAUAUCUAGCUGCCAAAAUCCUCACAGAAUACCCCAACACUAUCAACAAGAGGGACACCCAGGCACAGCUCAGAGGACAGUUUCCCUUUGAGCUUUAUGAGAAGGCUAUGAAGGACUAUUUAGAUCAAAAUGAGAAACGACCGAUUACCAAAAGGGAGACUGAAGUCACAGCCACUGAGAAUGUCAAUCCCACAGAAAUGCUAAAAGACGCACUUUCUGACAAGACACAGGCUCCUCAAACCAUCAAUGAAGAGGGAGAGAACAAGGAGAAAGUUGUGGCAGGAAUGUAG